AUGGCCGCUGUGUCUUCGACGCCGGUGAACCGGACGGAGCACGUCCAAGUCACGCCGAAGGUCAUGUGGGUGAUGCCGGGCAGGGGGUCGGGCGAUGCGGAGAUUCGGCAGCGCACGGUGCGAGUUUUCUACGACGACUACUGCGCCACCGACUCGUCCGGGGACGAGGAAGCGGAUGGCGGCCAUAGCGUCCGGCGGAUCGUGCAGGAGAUACGAAUAGAGGUCCGGCGAGGGAAGGCGCAGACCGCGGCUGAGGUUCGGAGAUCCAAUACUGGGAAGAAAACCGCCGUAGCCGCGACGAGGAAGAAAUGCGUCUUGGUUAACGUAACCAGAGGUGGAGAUGGCAGCGGGCCGCCGAGGUUCCGCGGUGUCCGGAGGCGGCCGUGGGGGAAGUUCGCGGCGGAGAUACGUGAUCCGUGGCGGCAAGUCCGUGUGUGGCUGGGGACGUACGGCACCGCCGAGGAGGCGGCUAGGGUGUACGACUCCGCCGCCAUCGAGCUGCGCGGUGCCGACGCUAUCACGAACUUUCCACGGCCUGGGGCGUCGGUCUCCAUUGCCGCCGCGAGUAAUGGCGCCACCGAGGUCCGCGCCUCUCCGGCGCCGAAGAAGAGCACCGUGGCCUCCCGAACCGGCAAGGCCCACAACCACCGCUCCCCAACCUCCGUCCUCGGCCUCUCCACUUCCCCCUCCCGGCAUGUCGACGGCGAAGAGGAGACGAGCCUGCCUCCGGUGGAGUCCGGCGGGUUCCUGCUGCCGGUCGAGGACGGAGAGCUCUUCGACGAUUUCGUCGGCCUGGAAAAGACUUCCCCUUUCAACUUCUUCAACGACGAAGGCGACUUGCCAACCGGCUUCUUAGUCGACGACUUGAAAGACGUAUUGAACCUCAGCUCCGGGCUUGACCUCGACUUCAAGCGAGGAGGCGACAGCUUCUUCUCGGACAUCGGCGACUUCUUCCGGAUGUAG